UCGUUGCACGUGAAAAUCAAGAUGGACUAUGAACUCGACGUGACUUCGCGUCUUGGCGAAACACAAAUAAAGUUAGGCAAUAGGCGAUACAUUUCGUCUUUUGUUUUCACGUUUGAACUGGUUGGAUAGAAUCAACUUAUCAUGGACGGCGAAGAAGAGAGAAAUGGCAACGGCGCCGAGGCAUUUGAAGAAACCGAUCUCAAUUUGGCUUACCGGUUUCUGGAUUCACUUCCAAACGAUGUUCAUGUGUUAAAUAACCUGCCUGAUCCGCUGAAGAUCAUAAGGAUAAAUCUAGCUGGAAACCACAUACCCGUGCUUCCUGACUCUAUAGGGAUGUUUCUUAACCUUAGAGAAAUGGACAUCUCAGCAAAUGGCUUGGCUUACAUAACUCCUCGAAUCGGCGAACUGCGACAUCUGAGAACCUUAAUCGCAAAGAACAACAAUCUGGUGGACUUGCCGAAAGAGUUUGCUCGACUGGUAGCACUAGAGAAUCUCAACUUGAGUGGCAAUGGAUUCGAGUCAUUUAUGCCGCAAAUGUUUGAACUAGUCUCUCUGAAAACUCUGUUCUUUGGAGGCAAUAGGGUCGAUGUAAUUCCACCAGAUAUCCAGUCGCUACAAAGGUUGGAAAUUCUCUAUCUUGGUGGAAAUGAAUUGACAUCGGUACCAAGUGAACUGGGCAGCCUGCGCAAGCUUAAAGCUCUAAAUCUCUGUGACAACAAAAUUGAAUCCCUGCCAUCUUCACUGGUAAAACUGACACAUCUACAGUCUUUGAGUCUUCACAACAACAGACUGACAUUGCUUCCUGUUGCACUUAUAAAACUGCGAAAUCUGGAGGAGUUGAGCCUGCGGGAUAAUCCUCUUGUUGUACGUUUUGUUCGAGACAUGAGCUUCAAUCCUCCUUCAUUAUUAGAACUGAGAGGGCGCUGCAUAAAAAAUAUGGGAAUCAAAUAUGGAACAGAAGACCUUCCCGUACAUUUAUUGCAGUAUCUUAACAGUGCUCACCGUUGCGUGAACCCAUGCUGUAAGGGAGUGUACUUUGAUGCCCGUGUGAGGCAUAUCAAAUUUGUGGAUUUUUGCGGCAAGUAUCGACUGCCACUUGAACAGUUCCUUUGUUCGCCGCAUGUUGAUGAAAGAUGGGAAGAUUGUUCAUCAAGUAGCAGUGAAGAUGAAAGUGUUCCUAUACCUCGUGAGAGAUUGAGAAGGGUUCUACUAGGGUAAUAAUCUAAUAUAUUUUUAUUAUAAUGCGAAUAAGUGUGUAAAUGUACUAACAUUAAGAAUAUAAUUGUAUAGUAGGUAGGAAAUUCCAGAUUUUUUCUUGUUCACUCAAUCAUGAAAAAUACACUGUACUUCUCCCCUGCAUAGCCUUUGCAGAAUCAGACAUCAGACUGUACCAUUGCUUUUUUGUUUUGUUGUUCAAACUAAUUAAGGUAAUCCUAAAUGUAAUCUCUGUGAAUAUCAUUGACUUUUUUUCAUCACAAAUAGCAAGAUUCUCUCAGAUAUGCAGAAACUAGCAAUUCCAAAGAGAGUUAGCAUGCGAAUGCAGAUAUAUUUCUGGCUGUCACUUGUCCCUGCCGAAACAAGUGACAGCCAGAAAUACAUCUGCAUUCACUUGCUAAAAGAGAGCUUGCCUGCCUCUUUUGAGUAAAUGUCCUCCUAACUGGCUUAUUCGAAACAUUGCGGCAAAAAACACUGGCAUACAUGGAAAUAAUCAAUAAAUGAACUUAAUAAAAAGGGAAAUAUUUUGUUACGACCUAUUUAAAAGGAUCUAACUUAACUGAUAUGAAAAUAUUUUUUCAUUCAUAUGAAACAAUGGAUUGUUUUAGUAGUAGAUUAGGAUAGAGUAUUUUGAAAAACAUUCACAAAAACAUAUAAUUUUGGUGAAACAGAUCUCUUUGUCACAGUCUACAUAUUUUAUAUAUUUUUAGAAAUGUAAAGGUUAUAUCCAAAGGCUUGAGAUAAGUUAUCGGACUUGAGUUAAGGACUUACUGAAAAAGUACAUGUUUAUGGGAUUUGGUAAUAGUAGGCAUUAAAAAGAUAUUUACUGCAAGAAGAAAAUUAAUGAAAAUUUAGCUCACCUUCCCUGAAUGUAGACAUUUAGAGGAAGGAUAGAUGUUUAACUGUCCUAUUUUUAAUUGGCUCUAGAAUAGUGCUUUUGGUAUGUAAUGGGUCUUGGACACAGUCACUUAAGGGUGGGAGUGUUAGAUUCUGGAUCAGAUUGUCUCAGUUUGAACCCUGGCUGGGAUUACAGUGAUGUGUUCUUUCGCAAGACACUUGACUUCCACAGUGCCUCACUCAAUCAGGCCAGAAGUAUAAAAUUAACAGAUAAUGAUAAAAGUUUUUGGUGAAGUGACUUAUGAUACAUGUAUAUUUGAAAAGGAGGGAGAGGGGUACCUGUGACAGACUGGUAUCUUGUUUAGUGGGAGUGGCUACUGGCGAUACCUUUCAGGCUUUGAGUUACAGAAACCAGGUCCCAGUUGUUUGAAGGCUGGAUAGCGCUAUCCACCAGAGAAAGCGCUCUCCAGUGGAUAAGUGUUAACAAAACAAACCGGAUAGCGUUAUCUACCCAUCAAACAACCUGGGCCAGAAUGCCGGAUGUUAAACUAAUGUGUUUCCAACCCUCUUACUUAUCUUGUCUAUUGAAAUGUUGAAGAAUCUCACUUACAUGUAAUAUUUAAUACAACACAACUUCAGGUAAGCUAACUGGCUUUCCUUCCAAAACUUUGACAAGCUGUAUUUUGUUUGGUCAAACUAUAAAUUCCCUCUACUGCCUGACACACUCCACUUGAUUUUAGUUGUAAGAAGAAACUAGAUGUUAUCAAGCUCGUUAGAAUUUAAGGGUUAUUUAGGACUAUGUAGCUGUGGUUUUCAAAUACACAGUAUGUGGGGAAAAAAGAAGAAAAAUCUGUACACGUGGAAUACAACUAUUGAGUAAGAGCUAGUGAUGCCUGGGGAAUAAAAAUGCUAAGUUAAAA